AUGGAGGCCGCCGGCUCCAUCCUCGUCGUGUACAUCGUCUUCUUCGGCGCGUGGCCUCCAUGGAUGCCGCUCACGCUCCAGUCCAUGGCGCUCAACACCGGCGUCGGAUUUGUAGUCAUCGGCGACGAGCCGCCGCCGCCAGUACGGCCGCCGAACGUCGCGUUUGAGACGGUCGCAUACGCCGCGCUGCAGGAGCGGCUCGCGGUGCUAAUCUCCGAGCCGGGCGCGGGCCAGGCAUCGGUGCGUUACAACUGGACCUACAAGGCCAACGACAUCAAGCCGUUUGCUCCUGCGCUCUUCCCUCGCCACCUCGCCGGGCGCGAGUGGUGGGCGUGGGCCGACCUCGACGUGGUCUUUGGGGACCUGCUUACGUUUCUGCACGCCGCCGCGACCAAGCCCGCCUGCUGCAAGGUCCCGCUGCGGCCAAACGGCCUGCCAGAGUCGCUGAGCAAGGUUGGGUCGGCUGCCCGCGUGACUGCGAACGUGGUGACGCCUCUCUACCCCAACCCGUGGCGCAAAAAGGCUUGGGGCCCCUUCACCGCCUUCCGCACCGAACUGGGGACGAGCAUGUUCCGCGAGAGCCCGCAGUGGCGCGCGAUCCUCGCGUCGAACGACUAUGCCCACUUUGACGAGUUUUGGGGCCCGUUCCACUACAGCCGAGGCUGGGAGACGAUGGGCGACGUGCUGACGCGGCUGGCCGAGGCGAACGGGACGGUGCGCAUGUCGAAGCGCAAGAUGCCCUUCGCGGAGGCGCGCACGUGCCGCGACGAGUCGUGCAUGUUCUGCCCUUGCGGCGCCGUGGAGCUGCGGCUCGCUCGCUCGGGCACCCUGUAUGUCAACGGCAAGGAAGUGAUGCUGCUGCACCUGGCAACCUCAAAGUACGCGUGGUACCGCCGCGCGCCGCUGCCCGCCUGGUCGCCCGCGCCAGAGGCGCCCGAGGGUGGGCUGUGGGCGUCGGGCUGCGUCGAGGCGACUGGGCUGGGGUGGCUGAAUGAGACGUGCGCGACGUGCUCGGCAAAGGCGCCGGAGUACUUCCAGGCGAGCGUCACCGCGCGCAAGGCGACGUCGCUGACGCGCCACAGGGUGCAGACCAAGUGGGGCGGCCACAUCAACUACGCGACCGCGCCGCACGAGGCGAGACCCUGGCCCUGGAGCGCGCCCCGCGGCGCGCACCCUCCCACCGUUGUGCCGGGCCGGCCAUCCGCAGGAAGCAGCUACUUGUUUGAACCGCUUGUAUUGAUCUGCGCGAUCGAUGUGUAA